AUGCUGGCGGAGGCACCCGAGCAAUGGAGGACCUUCCUCCACCGAUGUCUAACCAAUCGCAUCGACAUCGACGAAUUCACAGACCUAUCAGGUCUCCUCUUAUCUCGAGCUCCGCUGAAAGAGCAGGAACUUUUGGAUCUGCUCCUCCAGACCCGCGCAGACUCGAGCAUCACCUGGGACCCCCUGCUGCCGCUGUACGUUGAUGGGCUGUGCAGGGUAGGACGGGUGAAGAGCUCGUCUGCGUUGGCGGGUUUGUUGAGGCAUUCUUCUAUUCAAGGGAAUAAACCUUCAACACUGAUGACUGAUAUCAAGGUCGUGCAGGAUGUCAUGAUGUUUAUCUCUACGGGAUCUAUUCCCAAGACUGUGACUGAGGCUGCGGAUAUUUACUCUGCGACGGUUGAUUGGAUUGUUGCUGUUGUUGCUUGGAAUCAGAGGGAUGGAUCGACGGGGUUGAUGGGAUCGCCUGAUGCGGUUUCGUUGUUUGAGUCGCUUGGUAUUUUGCUUGCUGCGCUUUCUGGGACGAAUAAGGGGUUGGAGGUUUUGUCUAGUGAUUUCAAUCAAGGAUUGAAAGCGAAGCUAGGACAGGCUUUGUCGUCUUAUUUGCCGCUUUGCGUGGACGUUUCCGUGCAUCUGAGGAAUCGGCUUGAGGAGAUACAGAAGGUGUUUAAUCUGUAUCCUGGGCAGCCUUCUAAGACUUUAGAGGAUCCUGCCAUCAAUGGGGUUAAUGUCAAUGCCCUUCAGUUUGAGGCGUCUGUGAUGGACGGACCUGUUGUCAACACUAGAGCUGGACUCUAUGUUUACAUAAACUCGAUGGUCGUCGGUCGUCCGUUGGUGGAUGAUACCAUUCUGAUCAAUUACCUCACCAACCGAUAUCAGGGUCACAAUGAUGUCCUCAUCGAGGAAAUCAUCACGGCCACCUUUGAUGUUCUAUCAAAUGGUGUCUACCGCAAUGAAUCCAGCAGAACAAUGUUCCUCUUCCGGUCAUUUUUGGUCAACAAGCUCCCUGCAUUUUUCGCUGCCAUCUCAGCAGCGUCAAUGGUGCCCAUAUCCAUGGAAAUGUGCAUCAGUCAAGCUUUGAGCCGGCUGGAUCCGAACGCCUUCCCCUCGUUCUCCCAGAUGUUCUCCAUGCAGGGUAGCAGUGUUCUGUCAGACGCUCGACAGGAGUUCCUCUUUGCAUGUGCAUCACACAAGCUCAUCGAAGAGUCUAGUAUCGAGCAGCUAUUGGGGGAGAACCCCAUGCAGACAUUGCCCGGUGGUGGGCCCUAUGUUAAAGAUGACAUCGUCUCACAGAUCAACAACAACCACGAGCGAGCGGAGCAACUCAUUGGGGAGAUUGAGUCGAUGGAGGGCAACGCAGGUGCAAUUGUCGGCGCAGUAGUUGAGGUUAUGCAUAGUUUGUGUCAUCAAAAGGAGACAAUGACGCUGAAAAACAUUUGCAACUCACUCUCUCGUCGUCCACAGACUCUGGAUGUCAUCUUACUAUUCCGGAGUGCAAAGCAAGUAUUGCAGCCCCUGUGUUAUGUUCUUGAUUCUUGGAAGUGGGAUGAGGAUCAGGGCGAAAACCAACCUGUCUACGAUGAAUUUGGCAGUAUCUUGUUGCUUGUGCUUGCGUUCAAGUAUCGUUAUGACUUGAGCCCGUCCGAUCUGGGUAUCUCGAACAACGACUCGUUUUUGUUGAGACUUUUGGAUCGCGGCGCUUGCAGUCAGAAGCUGGCCGACUUGAGCGAGAAACAGAACAAGGAUUUGGGAGCUUGGAUCGGUGCUCUGUUCAUCGCCGAGGGCAUUAGCGAGGAGAUAAUGUCUUCGUGCAGCCCACAUGAGUUCUACAUGCUCGUGACGACACUGUUCGACCAAAGUCUGGGCGCGUGUGAAUCCGGAAAGCUGGAAUUUGAGACCCUCAAGGGCGGAUUUGAAUGUGAGAAGACAUCCAAUAAUCACACAAUCGCACCUCAACUAACGCUCACAGAUCUCCUCGAACCCUUCCUUCUCCCAUCUCUGGUCGUCGCCUUAACAUGGCUGGGAAAUCACAUCUGGGAAUCCGAAACCGACCCAACCAUCCCUCUCAAGGCCCUUCAUUCCCUCGUCAAGCCCAGCUCAAUCUCAGGCGAAGCCCAGGCUAUCCACCAAACCGUCCUCAACAUCGCAGCCCGCCCCUUGGAAGAACAACUCAAAAAUGUGCGCACAAGACACCAAUCCCGCACAGAUAUAAAACCCAUCCUAGACGCCCUCGAGCCCUACCUCUCAUUCCGUCGCGUCGGCAGCUGCCACCGCUCAGAAUUAGACACCUGGACGAAUCACUCAACCGGCGGACUCCUAUCCAGCAUCCGCACCACCCUCCAAUCCCUCGUCAUCUGGUCCUCAAACCCAGGCAUCAGCAUGGCUCCUCACACAUAUACCCACCGGCAGAUCCUCACAGGAAUUCGAAUGCUAGGUGCAACCCGCGUCCUGUCCACGCUAAUCGACGAAGUCAAGCGGCAAACCGAAUCCGGCAGCGGCCAUGUCGCCCUCGAUAUCGCGACAACCAUGAUCUGCGCGCCAAUGCCCGAAUCAUUCGCGGUAGACCAGAACAAUUAUCAUCCUGAGAAGCCCGUUCCUCGGUGCGCGGUCCUCACGCUGCGGGAUGCUCUGGCGCUGGCUCACGAUAACGUUCCUAAAAUCUCUGAGACGGAUCCGCUUCGUGCGGAAGUUAUUGUUCGUCUCGCGCGUCGUGUUAAUAUUUUGACUGCGCCGCCUUCGCAGGUCUCUAAUAUUGACGUUAGCAAUAUCAUUCAGAACAUGGCACUUGGUGUUGAGGGCGAUCGUAUGGAUCUCGAGCCGUCUGCUGCUGAUGUGACGGGCAAUACGGUUGGGGAGGAUGAUCCUGAAAAUAUCAAUCGCAUGCUUGACAAGGCUGCGGCUGCUGCCGCCGCGGCGGGUAUGGAUGGUGGUAUGGAUUCUGGGAUGGAUGGCGGCAUGGACGGUGGUUUGGACGGUGGUCUGGGACAGGAUAUGGGUCAAGAUAUGGGUCUUGAUACUGGUGCUGGCAUGGAUGCUAUCGAUGAUGUGCUGAACGCAGCUGAUAUGGCGGUCGGCAACCCUGAGUUCCUGGAUUUGGAUAUGGAGGGGAUGUUUUAG